CAUGAGGUUGGGACUACCCGAACAAAAUAUGGGGGUAUUUGAAAUUAAUCAGUGGCUCCAAAGCGAGGAGGAUGGAGCGAGACGAGACGCCGAUGGAAGACGGAGACGACAUGGACGUAGAGGAGAUGUUCGGAUCGGACUCUCCUUCCUCCGGUUCGGACUCGGACGCGCCGCUCCGACCGGCGAAGGUCGGUGCCGCACCCCAAGCGAAACAAUCCGUGGCGUCGUCCCCCGCAGACGACAAGAAAGUUGCGUCGACGCAACAACCAUCUGCUGCUCCUGGGAAAACCGCGGCACCAUUGACAACCGACUCCACAGUGUCGAAUGUCCCGGCCACGGACGACGAAGCAUCCGAAGACAACGAUCACGAAUUGGCCACGUGGGCUGCCAUCGACAUGCAACCUGCCAUCGAUCUGAUCGACAAGUUGGCCAAGACGUGCGUGGAUGCUGCCAAGGACUUCAACGCGUCGGUUGUGUCGACGACUCAUCAACUCGUGAGUGGGUGUGACUCAGUGUUGCUAGAGAUCAAGCAUAUUUCAGAUAUCCGGGACUCCAUGAAGCGGAAAGCGGUGAAUUCUGCGCACACUGCGCCGUCGUCCAUGUUGCUAGCGUCGCAUGCGCUGGGCACGUCCAUGCUACCUGCCUCGUCGUCGACGUCUGCCCCGCCUCAAUCCUUCGCGACGGCCCCGGCCGUGGCCACUCCUCCAUCCUUGGACAAGGGCACGGAAGACCAGACGGACCGCGUGCUGUACAAGAUCGAAGCAAGUAUUGAAAAGUUCCGCGAAUUGGCCGAAAUGAUCCAAACCACAAGCAUGCACCACGAAGCGUUAUUGGUGCACAAGCUCCAUCUCCCGCCAUCUUCCAUCGAGACCAUGGUCACGUCCAUCCACAACGCCGCCGCCGCCGCCACGUCCGCCGCGAUCGCCCAAGUCCGUCAUCGCAUGCCGCGCACGCUGUCGCCCGAACAGCGCACGAAACUGCAAACGUGGUACUAUAGCUACCCCCGUCCGUUGGCCGACGAGCUCGACCUCAUGAGCUCCAUCUUGAGCUACCCUCCGUACUCGACGUCGUGUAGCCUCGUACACCCGCAGCACGUCCGCGACUGGUUCAAGCGCCGCCGGUUCCGCGAACGCAUGCGCCUGGUCGUGCAGGCCGUGGAAGCAUCCUCCGACCCCGCGAGUCCGCUCUCCUUACAUGCCGCGGAGGCCUCGGUCCGCGCCCGCAUGGAGCUGCGCAUCCAAACAUUGCGGGAAGCUGUGAAUCCGGACGAACUGGUGCGGGAGCUCGAGCACGUGCGCCUUUCGUCGUCGCUGUACUCGAACGUGGCGUCUUCAUUUGGCCACAAGCGCAACUUGGACCAGUUCCUGGCGGCGGCGCACCACGCCAUCUUGGGAGGGGCGUCCGACAAGAAGAAGCCGCGGCUGCAAGUCCCCGGUGGAGCGGCCGCGUCGUCGUCGGCGGCGUACCCCGCGGCGCUGGGGGUUGAUGACGUGGACGACGCGAUUGUAGUUAAAGUAGCGUCCAAGUUUGAACUGGAGGCGAUCCAACGACGCCUCCAGACGCUACUGCAGGCGCCCAAGACCACGGCCAACACCAACAACAUCCAGCAAGCGAUGGACGUGCUGCGGUCGCUCGACAUUUCGAACGAGUUGAUGCAGAGCACGGGCGUGGUCGCGGAUUUGAAGCGCGUGCUCAAGGUGUACAAGAAGCCGUCGCUCCUGCGCCGAACGACGGAAGCGCUCAUGGAGUCGUUGGGUCAGACGACUGCGACCAAGAAACCCAAGCGACCUGCCGCGCCGCCGCCACCGCCGCCGAUGGUGGUAUCGGUCGCGGCGUCGUCGCCGCUUCCACCGACGGCGCUAGUCAGUGCAGCAGGGGGAGAAGGGAAGACGACGACAACAUCGAAACGAAAGAAGGGCGCCAAGUUGCUCCGACCUAUGAAAUUCUCAAUGCAACAAGUGGAGGCGCUGGAAACGUGGUUUCAAAAGACGUUCAAGCCGUCGCAAAGUGAAAUGGAGGAGUACCUGGAUGCGUUGAACGCGGAACCGCUGCGGGAUCCCAAGCAGACCGUGGACGUCAACAUGACGCAGCUGCGACGAUGGUUCAACAAGCGGAGAUGCCUGCGACGACCGCCGUUUGCAUUGAUGACGACCAAGGACAAAAAGGACGACGAUGAUGACAUGGGCGGCACACCCGACGAUUACGACGAAGAUGAAGUCGACGACGACGACGACGGCGGAAUGGCCACAUCCCACGUGUCCUCAACUGGGUUGGCAGGUGGGGCACUGGCAUCCGAAGACGAUGAUCAGGCGUCUAGUGACGACUCGUUGAGUGAGUAAACGAAGAAAUGAAAACUUUCGCUUUGACCGAGC